GUUCCGGUUUAUCCAAGCUUCGUGGUGCCAGGUUGUCGAAAGUGAAACUUCAGCAGCUAUUCAGGCCUUUUGGUCCCAAAAUCAGAAAAAUGAGACCACCUUGGGUCUUGUAUUUGUCCUGUUUGGUUCUGUGGUGUUGUCUGGCGUGUUCCAGCACUGAUGAUGAAGUUGGCCCUCUGGAGCAGCCAGAUCCAGAAUUUGAAGAGGAGGAAGAAAUAUUUGCUGAGGAUGAGCUUGGUGCUGAACAGCCACCACAACAGGGUAAGGAGUCUGGUACUGGACUGGCGCUGUUUCUGGGAGCCCUGGGUAUACUGGGCCUGGCUGUGAUGCUGGGCAGGAACAGGGAGCCAACACGAACACCAGGUCCAAGCAGGGAGGAACUUCGUGCCCAAAGGCUUGCAAAGCUGGGACAGCUGUCUGGAGGCAUAGACCGUGCUUUUCCACCUGCACCAGAUGAUCAGAAUGUACAAACGUCUGCUCCAGUGGUGCAAGAUAAUGGUGAAAGUGAAACACCACAACCAGCCAAGACAAGUUCCCCACACAUUCCUGUAGAUACACAGACUAUGAACCAAAGUAAAACUGCAGAAAAGCAAGAGACACCUACAAAAGAACAAAAUCCAGAUCCAGGCAGCAAGGAACUUCGUGCCCAAAGGCUUACAAAGCUGGAACAACUGUCUGGAGGUACUAGUAUUCCGGUAGAAGAUCAGGCACCUACAAACCAGUCUGUGAGUGUACAACAGACCAUGAGUACAGACACAGGGAAACUGGAAAGUGGAUCUGCUGCUGUAGAUACGGAAACAAAAAGGCCAACCAAAGACACUCAAAAGUCAAAGCCAAAAUCCCCCCAAAAGGAGGUUCCCAUUGAAGAGCAGCUGCUGUUGACUUUGUCAAAGGUUUUUGAUAUCAAGAUUGAGUUGACUACACAAGGCAACACCAAGGCCCAGGCUUUCAAGGUGCUGCACCUGACCCCCGGGGAGCUCCCCACCCCUGGGGAGGACAUGGUGGGGAAGGUGGUGGCAAUCUUUGACAAACGAAUGAGGUGGCAGUACGACAAAGUCAAGUUCCUGUGCCAGUGUUAUAGGGAGUGUGAAGCAAUACUCAGGGACAAUGGCAAUGAAGUGUUGGACACGUUAGCGGACUGUGUGAAGGAUCUUGUGGUACCAGCCCUGCUGGAGGAACUUAAGGGCAAAAGUGAUGAAAAGGGCGACCUGUGGUCAGACGGAAAAAGCGGGAAUGAGGGUGCCCUGUACCUGUUCCUGUCGAGAGCUGCCGGCUGGUCGGAUGAUGGUGUGAAUGUGACCCAGGGUCUGUUGGCAGCCAUGAUGGAUCAGGCAGCACACGACAAGUCUGCCCACCCUGCCAUGGUCAAGCUGGUCAAGGUGGCAGUGGACAGGAUCAAGGCUGUCAAAAGAAUGGAUGAAAUCCUUCUCCAGGAGGGGACCAUGCUGACCGCCCUGGACGCCGUCCUGUCUCAGCCAGGGAUGACCACCAUCCUGGCCGCAGCCCUUGACCAGGAGGUGGAGGAAGGCUGUCACGCCCUGGGCAUCUAUUUUGAGCAGAAGUCCAUCCUGGGUGCCCUGCUGUCAUUGUCUACCAUUGUACCAAUGGAGCGAUACAUGUUCCCUUCCCCUGCUACCCUUCCCUUCAUGUCUCUGCGUGGAUUCCCCAAACCAACCGUGGAUGACCUGCGGAUUGUGGAGCAGCACGUUCACGAAGGGCUUCACCGUAUCCAUGAGGUCGUGCACGCGACCUUUCGCAGGAUGAUGAAGACGCACAAGGAGACAGUUCUGGCAUGGAUAGCCGCCAUUUUGAAUAUGAAUGAGCUUAGGACAACCGUGAGCCCACAGAUGGGACAACAGAUGCAAGCUGCCUGUGGGGAUGGCUACAUGUUAAACCUGUGUGCUGUGCUGCUCCAUCUCUGCAUGCCCAUUGUGAAGGGAGGACAGGACAAGCUGACCAAGGUGGACCCUGCCUACUCCAAAUCACAGGCCUGCCGUCUCAACUAUGAGUUUGAGACAUGUCUGGCAGGGGGACAGAUUGUAUCUGAGGAGUCCAAAGGUGCAGAAAAGUGUCGUGUUCCAGAGGAACUUCAAGGUCAGUUCAACUUCAUGACGGAGAUUUUCCACCUGACCCAGCGAGCCCUGAACAUUGGUCUGAUACCAGCACUGGCCCAUCACCAGAGGCUAAACAGGGACAUUCAGAUGCACCUGAAUGCCAAACAGGGUACAGCUGAGGAGGAGAUGGUCAAGAAGAUUCAGAUGCUGCUUGUGACGACCUGGGACUGUUGUCUGAAUGAUGCUGUGUUUGUACAAGGUGUGACAGAGUUCUACCUAGCCCAGUCCAGGUGGCUACAGCUGCAGCUGGACACCUGUCAGCAGGGUGUGAAGGAGACAGAGGUGAGGAGGCAGCAGAAGCGUGUGUUCUCCCAGCUGCCUGAGUUCCUGGUGAAGGACAUGGCCACAUGGUUCAGGUUCGUCGUCACCAACUCCAUGGUCGUCCAUCCCAGCAUCCUCCAGGGCAUACAGUUGUCCCCGUUUGUUGACUGCUGUGUGACCCUGCUGGAGCGACCAGACCUGAUGCCAGGCCCCAUCCCUGCCAGUAAGAUCGUGGGAACCCUGCUGGCCUUCACAGAGUCAGGCAAGAGGAAGAGAGGUUCCCAAGGCUGGGGCACAGGAAUCAUGACAGACCUGGCUGCCAUGGUGCACACCUGCCCUAGUGUACAGACAGGUCUGGGUUCUGCCCUGCUGCACACAUAUGUCAGUGUGGAUGUUGUGGAGGGGCUAGAUGUGGACAAAGAUGACUUUGACAAAUACGGAUCAAGGUUUGAGAUUGCCAAGUUACUGGAAAGUCUGUGGCAGUGGCAGGACUGCAGGGCUUCUGUACUCAACAUGUGUGGUACAGACAAGUUCCAGGCAUUUCUUGGAGCGAUCCUGGACACCCUGUUGUACCAGCUCCAUGACAGCCUGGCCAGACUGGCAAAUGUCAGGAAGAUUCAGAAGGCUAAGGAGGAUGAAGCCAGCUGGAGAGCCCUGUCAGUGGAUGAGAGAGAGGAGAAACAGAAAUUCCUGACAAAUGAGGAACGUGUGGGCAAGAGCUUCAUGAACCUGGCUAACAGUACACUGGGGCUGAUUGACCUACUGACCCAGUCUGAGGAAGUGUGCAAGUGUUUCACCAUGGCUCCCCUGUCUCAGAGAUCUGCCUCUGCUGUGAUUGGGUUUAUUGGAGCUCUCUGUGGGCCCAAGGCAAGUGAACUGAAGGUGAAGGAUAUGGAGAAAUAUAACUUCAACCCACGCCAGCUGCUGCUGCAGAUUGUGCGUGUCAUCCUGAGGAUCGGCAGAGAAGAGGCGCUGGACAAAGAUGGCUUCAUCGUCAGCAUGUCAACAGACACGGACUACAGCCCCAAGUACAUGGAGAAGGCCUGCAGUGUGCUGGCCAGGGACAGUGUCAUCGACCCCAAAGAGAUACAACAGUUCCAGAAGAUGCUGGAAGAGAUGAAUGUUCUCCAUGAAGCAGCUGCAGAGGAAACCCCAGCUGCGACACCUGGCUCACACCUGCCCAGCUGGGCAGAGGAAGUGGAGGCCUUGCAGCUGGAUGCAGGGUUACUGGCUGAGAAGUAUGUCCAGGCCCUGGGAGACAUGAGGUUUGAUGCAGCUGAACUGCAGGAGUACCACAGUUUCCAACAAAAUGCCUCGGAGGCCCUGGACCCAAGGUCACCAAAGGUCAAGGCACUGAUGAAGGAGAUCAAGCAGCUGCAGUCCAACCUGCCGGUCCACCCGGGGGCGGCCGUCUUCGUCCGACAGGAUGAGGAUCGUAUGGACAUGGUGCGGGCGCUGGUGACAGGUCCUGUGGACACUCCCUACAGUCUGGGCUGUUUUGUGUUCGAUGUGUACUUCCCCGAUGGAUACCCAAACAGGGCCCCGGUGGUCAAACUCAUCACUACUGGCAACGGCACUGUUAGGUUCAACCCUAACCUGUAUGCAGACGGGAAAGUCUGCCUGAGUCUGCUGGGUACAUGGCACGGAGGGGACGCCAGUGAGAAGUGGAACCCAAAAACAUCAACACUGUACCAGGUGUUGGUGUCCAUCCAGAGCCUCAUUCUCAUCUCAGACCCCAUGUACAAUGAACCGGGGUAUGAUGGGAUGAAGGGGACGGCUGAGACUGAGGAACAAAGUGCCAAAUACAAUAACAAGCUACAGGUGGACACAGUGAGAUGGGCCAUGCUGCACCAGAUCAGACAGCCUCCUGUUGGUUUUGAAGACGUGAUCAGAAGGCACUUCUUCCUGCAGAAGGAAGCCGUGCUGCAGCAGUGCUGCCGCUGGCUGCGGGACUGCAGGGAUGAGGAAAAACUCCCCAAACUCAGGCGGGCCAUCGAGGAACUCAAGACAGAACUGGACAAACUGGAAGACAUCACAGACAUAGAGGAAGAAGAAGAAGAUAACUAGUUUUAGGCUCUAUGCAUGUGUACAAAAAAUAAGAAAGCUCUUAAUAUAAAGGACCUGUUCAAAUGUUUAUGUUCCUACAUUGUUACCAUAUUUAGCUAUACUGCAUGUAAACUAGAAAUUAGAGACAUUUUUAGGUAAAUACACCAGGUUGUGUAUGUUGAUGUAACGUCAUUGUCAUUCCAAUUAAGUGCAAAGUUUAAUUCUGUGUUUUCGCUGUUUAUGCAUUGUUGGCCUAUUCUCAAGUGGAAUGUUAACAUUACAUAUUGCUGUGCAGAUCCAGAUCAGAUUACCAAAGGGAAGAAACAUUGUUGUCCUACAAACAGAUGAACAUGAUUGCUGACAUAGUGUUUGUUACAUGAAUGCAUCACUAGACUUCAAUGCUACUGCUAGUAAUACAAAUGUAGGUGGUAAUUCUAUUUUGUUGUAAUUUUAAACCUUACUUAAUUACAUGUAGUUAUCAAUUUUAAUCUCCCUGUGUGUAAUAAACCUCCUCUUUCUGCUGAAGUUAACAAUUUCAAAGAAGGAUACAAGAGUAAUUUUGACACCUCCUGUUUAAAAUAUACUUCCUGGAUAUACCAGACACAGACACAGACACACAUACAGGAACACACAUUCAUAAUAUGCACCCACACUC